AGUAGUGCACAACCGUAUCGAGGCAAUUUCUUUUUUGAAGAAGUCGCGCCCUGCAACACGAAGUGCAAGACGACCAAAGCAGCCGUUCAGUUUCUUCUGCCUUCGCGUCUCCUCAGCCACUCCGCAGCUUUCUUUCCUUUUCUCUUCUUUUUUUUCUCUUCUGUUUCACGCCUCAUACAAACAGCAAAAGUUAUUUGUUUCUCUUGAUCGCUUAUAUAUGUAUAUAUAUGUGUGUAUGUAUUUUUCUUCUUUGUUCUCGUUGCUGAUUGUCGUAGUCCGAACGUCCCCCCCCUUUUUCUUUGGCGGGUGUGAAGAGUGCAUUGUAGACACGACGUCUUCGCACCAACGUGUAGUGCGUUCGUUCACAACACUCUCCCCGUUUUUUUAAUUAUUUCUCGUGUAUCCUCUAUCUUCGUACGAACGUCCUCUCCUCAAAGCACGGCGAGAAAUCCGUUGAAGGAAGCAUUGAAGCGGUUAGCUAUAUAUAUAUCUAUAUUUAGAUUACUCUCGAUCUCGUCUGCUUCGCCAGAGGUUUUUAUCUUCUUUCUUCUUUAAUUUUGGUUUUACUGCACCGUUUUUGCCGUCUGUCACCAUCUCUUUAUUUUUCCCUUUCCCACAAAGAACGACUUGCAAUUAAGUGCAGGGCAACCGUCGGCGAAAUCGGAAAAACACUCUGCCGCUUCCUUUUGUUUUCUACUGAAGAAGAUAAGCGGUGCCCAACGCGCAGUUAAUACGAUCUUUUUUUUUCCUCACGGCUCACGAGGCACCAAUACGCCUACACAGCAAACUCACUGCGCCUGAAUAUUCGAGUAUUUAAAGAUUUAUUUUAAAAAAAUUGCUUCUCUUAAUUUAUCAUUUGAAACGCUCAAAGAAACAAAAUAAAAAGCGUCAUUCGCUCAACGACCGAAUUACUUUUUUUUUCUCCUUCUUUUAUCUGAAAGAACAAACGUUCUACCACCAUAUUUUAGCUCACCAUUGGGCUCAAACACGCACGCACGCACACACACAGGUUUUCUUAGCCCUCUGGCUAAGACCGCAUCUGCCUCUUCUUUUCCUCUUCUUCCCUUUUCCACCUUUUCCCGGAACGAUUCGAUUCUUCUUCUUCCUUCAAUUUCAUCACUCUGUUCCUGCUGUCAAAGCGGAGUGACAAUAGCGGCAGAAACACGAAACCCAAUUUUAAUGCGCCUAACAAUACUCGUCGGCACGUAGUUCUUACACGUAUUUCAUUAAUUCUCAUUUCUUUCUCCCCCCGUCUCAAAGGGCGUAGGGCACUUCGAAUACAACCGGCGGACCCACUGCACACUUUACUUACUUCCACCGCUUUUUUAAAACAGUAUAGUACCCACUUGUAUAUAUAAAAGCAGAGACAGCGUUCACGAGAAAUACCGUACCUGGUUUUGUCUUUUAGCCUACUUUUGGUACUCCUGACUGCUGGCCCUUCUCCACGAAGGAAAAGAGAACGAAAAGAAGAAAAGCUUGGAUUCUCGCUUUGCUUGACCCUUCUUUUUUUUCCGUGCUGGAAAUCUGACAUCGUUUCGGCUCCUUUUGAGAACCCGAAGGGUGGAUUUCUUUUUUUAAAACAAUUGUAUCUCAUCGCUUUCCGUUUUUCUUUUCCCGUGCCGGAAACUCCCCCCCCUUUCGACUUGCUGAAUGAAGUGAGUACUGCCCAGUGCAUUACAAGUAAUCGCUUCCCUUUUUUAAAUUCUUGUUUUGUUGUAUUUUUUUCGUUUUCUUUUGAAAUAGUUUGUUAUUAUUAUUAUUAUUAUUAUUAUCUGCCUCAGUUCUCAGCGUUGGGCUUACGAUAAAACCUAAAUAAUAGAAAGAGGGAAAUAGUGCGGAAUCGAACCGUCGAACAUGGGCUGCGCUCCCAGUGCUGAGAUCCUUUGCGACGCGCCGUUUCGGCCACCGCAGGGCGGCGUCCGACAAGUCGCCCUCAUCCCCAUCAUCGAGCACUUCUUCCCCAGCCCCGACUGCGCGCUCUUCAAGCAGCUCUACGAGGCGUACACCGACCCUUCCGUGCGCUACUACGUCCGCCCCAGCUUCGAUGGCCCCAACGGCGACCUCAGCCACAUUCCCGAUGUCGUGAACUCACGCGCGGAGUUGCAUCAGCUGCUGCUGCAGCUCACCCGGCAAGGGAUGUACGCGACGAACGCGGAUGUGCGGGCGGCCUACGCCUCCGGCGACGCGUAUCGCAUCCGGCCCAUCUUGUGUGCGGUGGUGUUUCGCUAUGAGGGGGCCAACUAUGUGCCGGAGGGCAGCGUGCAGCUCCCCGCGCACGGCCGCGGGUCGACGGCCUUCGUGAAGGUGAUUGGCGUGGUGGGCGACACCACGGCAAUGCUGCAGAGAGCCGGCGACCCGAUCAUCCCCUUCACGCCGCGAGACACACUGAAGAUGCAGACCCUCAUCACAAAAUCUGCCGGUGACCACAACAUGUCGCGCGUGGUGCUGCUGGCGGCCUACACCUACUACCACCAGUGCUGUAAGGUGAUUGGGCUGCCGAAGGUGCCAUGCAUGGCGGCUCGUUUUACCUGCUUCAAGACGAACAUCCCCUUCUUGUGCUUUCUGCGUGAGAUGCGUGACCGCACGGCGGCCGUCCUGGAGAGCCCGAAGGACUCGAAGUUAUACAUCGAUGAGCACUGCCUGCACGGGGCGGUGACGCAGGAGUACAUGGGCACCAUGCUGCCGGCCUUCGCCUACUACUUCGUCUCCUUCCUCAAUGCGAAGGCAGAGCAGCGACUGGCGAAGCAGCUGGCCCAUCAGCGGCGCGUGAGCGAAGCGCACAAGGACACGUCGCGGGACAGCAAAGAUGCGUCCUCCACGGUGCCUCCCAUUGCCAGCGGACCACCGCAAGAGGAGAAGAGCCGCAACGCGGGCAGAGCACACAGUGAGGUCGUCCGUGACUUGGACGCGGUGGACCGGACACGCAUCUCACAGGCGGCAACUUCCGCCGCGAAGGCCGAUGCGGCGGCGAACGCCAGCAACAGCACGGCUCCUAAGGUGACCUACAUUGUGAAGGGCUACUUGACACGUCCUGCGACGUCGCUCUCGGCGUACAGCCGCGCCCCCAACGAAGUCUAUGUGACGUGCAGGGACGGCACCGUGACGGUGGUGGACCGCCUCUCCGUUGACGCGGCAGAUGGGCCGACACACACACCCUCGUUGGGGCAGAAGGACGGCGUCGAGGAGCUCGAGGUUGAGCGCGGGGUGCCGGCGGCUGCCCGCACCGUCGUGGAGACCUUUGCGGUGCGCCGGGGCGACAUCCUCUCCUUCUACACCCCGCCCUCGCCUCUGGCCGGGGGUGAAGUGCCGUGGCACGUGGGGGACCCGGCGGCAGAGGAAGAGGCUGGGUACGGUGACGGCUACGAUAGCGCGUCCAUGUCAUCCUCGCAGGCGAACUUCCUGCGGCUGAACACGGACGACGACUCCGUGGCGCCCUCACCACCGAUGCCGAAUUUCGUGAAGGAGGAGGAAGAGGAGAGGGACACGCCGGUCUUGCGUAAGGGCAGCUGGCGCAUUGACGACAACAUCUUUAUCGAGAGCGUGCUGCUCUCCCUCGUGCGGGAUGAGUGCAAGCUGGCGCGUGAGGCGGGCGUCGACGACCCGCGAUGGGUGCACGACGAUGUCCACAACUGCCCAGUGCACGAGGGCUCCUUCUACGUCUGGCACUUCCGCCGCGGGCAGGAGAACUUUUUCUACGGCACGGUGCCGAAGUUUGCGAACACGAACCGGGCGCAGAUCCGCGGCGGUGGUGGUGCGUCCGGCACCCGAUCCGGGCGCAGCGGCGGCAGGCGAGCAAGCAGAAACGAUGCACCGGCGGAAGUGCAUGUGGACCCGCAGAACAGCGUGCAUUCGGACACGGGUGCGGUGAGGAGGCUGGACGGCAGUACCACCAACCCCAACAACAGCACCAGUAGCAUGGGAUCUGCACUACCACUGGGCAACAGCACCACUGCGUUUCCUCCGCAACUGCAGCAGCAGCAGCGCAUCGGCCUUCCCAUAAUAUACCCCGCGUACAGUUCCUCACCGGAGCUUGUGAACAUGAAUCAGCAGCAACAACCUCCCGCCUACAUUGCCUCUCACCCCGCCGCAUCAGCUAACACAAGUCCGCAAGCCAGCAACGCCGUCCCUCGCAGCGGGCCGGUGUAUUUGUUCCAAAGCGGCAACGUCCCCUCGACCACCGCACCAGCGGCGGGGCAAUUCGUUUACGGCGUGCCUUUCCUCUUUCCUGGUCAGCCCUCGCAGAUCUCCCUGCAGCCACACGCACCACAUGGAUUACCGCUGCCGGCGUACGUAGCAGCGGCGCCGCAGCAUCCACGGCCGCAGCACGGAGGAAACGUGCAGAUGUCGAUGGUGGGCCACGUAGUAGGCCCGGCAAGUCGUGGAAUGGGGGACUCCCUCAGCAUGGCUGACUUUUCCGUAACGAGCAACAUGUCCCUCUCCGCCGCAGCGAAUGUGCCGACCGCCGUCUCCUACAUCGUGAACGCGCAGGGACAGCUGGUGCCGCUGACAGAGGUGGUGAUGGACAAGGGCCAUUCAAACGGGGCACGCGCCGCGAGCUUUACGCCUCCCGCACCGCCGGCCCCACAAAUGCCGAGUUAUGUGAUGGUGAACGGACAGUUGUGUGCUCUGCAGCCCGCCACCGCCACCACCACUACCGCACCGUCGCCUCCACAGUACCACGUGACGGCGCUGCCGCCGCAGCAGUUUAUGAACACCGUUGUUUACCUUCCACGGUAA